AUGCACAGAUAUUGUGAUCGGUUCAAGCUCAUCCUUGCCGGUCUCGAACCCGAGUCUCACGAUGUAGUCAUGGAGCCUUGCGAUGAGAAGACAAAGUCGGCGUUGGAGAGGGAUAUGACCUCAGACCCCAAUGCGGACAGUCGAGAGGCCUUCGUUGAGCAUGCUAGUAGUUAUCAGGAUGGCUCAUCAUCUUACGUACCGUACAUUAUGGGCCAUGGUGAGGAACAGAACAGGGUCAAAGCCCUGGUCAAGCAGCUGGGCCUCGCCCACAAUGAGGUUAAUGAUAACCUCGAGAAGCUCGUGGGCAAGAAUACUAGUUGGGGAAUAAGUAGCUCAGGCGAGAUACAGGCCUGGAACGAUCUGGUGGCGGAGUUCGAGAACGAGGUAUCGGUUGCGGUAUGCCCCAACUGCAAGGCUAAGUCGGAGCUCUUCCGUGUUGAUGGAUACAACAAGAUCUUCCGGAAACUUCGAGGGAAGGCCGCAGAGAAGUUUGUCACUCCCACCUACGUGCGCAACCUCCUUCACAAGCUCUGGUGUGAGGAGAGGGAGAUUUUGGAGUUCCUAUUCCCAGCCUCUGUGGGUCGUGGUGAAGACAUUUUCUUCAUGCAGAAUAUAGUGGUCCCUCCAAACAAGCUGAGACCUCUACGUUUUGGUGGUGAUAGUGAUGAUAACCAAGGAUUCUUACCUGCUUCAACGGUUUGUCUGAAGAAUAUACUUGAAUCCAAUCUACUACUCAAGCAGCUACUCGAGACUGACCAGGAGGCUGUAGAGAACCCUAAUGACAGGGAAAAGGCUGGCGAUGCCCUGCCGAACCUCAUAUCGGAUGAGGAUGAGACUAUGAAGCCUGUCGACAACACUCCUCAGAGAGGGCCUAUGACUACUCUUGGAACUGCACUCAUUGACUUGCAGAAUAACGUAAAUAACUAUCUAGAUUCUGCUAAGAGCGGCAAGGCCCAGAACAAGGUCGUGGCAUUUGGUGUACGACAGCUUCUUGAGAGGAAGCAGGGUCUAUUCAGAAUGAAGAUGAUGGGCAAGCGUGUUAACUACGCUGCUCGUAGUGUUAUCAGUCCGGAUGUCUCUCUGGAGACUAACCAGAUUGGCCUCCCCAUGUUCGCGGCUCUACAGCUGACUGUGCCCGAGCCGGUUAACUCCUUCAACGUAGACUACCUGCGGGCGUUGGUGGAGAAUGGUCCCGAUAAGUACCCAGGCGCCGCUGCUGUAGUGUUCCCGGAUGGCAAGCUGGUGUCACUGAAGGGUCGACAACCUCAUCAGAGGAAGGCCAUUGCUAGGAGUCUAUAUCAGAGUACCAACCCAGAUAAGAAGCCUAGAGUGGUGCUCAGGCAUGUGAGGGAUGGUGAUCCUCUGCUGGUGAAUCGUCAGCCUACCUUGCAUAAGCCAGGCAUCAUGGCUUUGUUCGUGAAGGUGCUCAGUAAAGAGAAGACUAUCCGAAUGCAUUACUCCAACUGUAACACAUUCAAUGCCGAUUUCGAUGGUGAUGAGAUCAACUUGCAUUGUCCUCAAGACUCUAAUGCCAGAGCUGAAGCCAUCUAUAUAGCCUCUGCCGAUCACCAGUAUCUGGGGCCUACCUCUGGCAAGCCCCUUCGUGGUCUUAUCCAGGAUCAUGUUGUCUCUGGUGUAUUCCUUACUGCAAGGGAUCACUUCAUGAGGAAGACUGAAGUUCAGAACCUCAUCUACACUGCGAUGCGAGCCGCUAUAGAAGGCGACACAAUUGUCAUGGAGCCUCCAGUCAUCGUGAAACCACAGACAUUGUGGACAGGAAAGCAGGUCAUCACCAUCUUCCUCAAGAGUCUUAUCAAGUUCGCUACUCAUAGUACGGAUAAAGCCGUAGUCAAUGGUUUCAAUCACCAUGCUAAGGCCAAGACCCCUGGCGAUCUGUGGGGUGGUGUCAGUGAUGGUAACAAGGAGGAGCAGAUGGUCACUAUCAGAGAUACUGAGCUCAUAGAGGGUGUCCUGGAUAAGGCUUCCUUUGGCGCCACUGCUAAUGGUCUUACACAUCUCUUCUAUGAGCUGUGUGGCCCUAAGGCUGCUGGGCUACUACUCACUGGUAUGGGUAGGAUGCUCACCCUCUACCUCCAGUACCAUGGCUUCACUUGUGCUAUGAGGGAUCUUCUUAUCACUCCUGAGGGUGACGAGGCAAGGUUGCAGAUGUUAAGGAAGGCUAGGGAAGACUCCUGGAAUAAGAUCAGAGACUGGGUGAAGGAGAAUAGCCCGGAGGAGGCUAAUGUCAAGACUCUACAUAAACUCCAGAAGGAGAUAGGUAAGUUGUAUGCUGCAGACCCCAAGGUUCAACAUCCCAUGUUCGAAGAGCUAGAGGAAACAAUGCUGUCUACCAAUAGGGAUUACUGGGGAAAACUCAUCGACAUCUUAUUCCCUAAGGGCCAGGUGUCUCCAUUCCCAGAUAACUGCUUCUCGGCUAUGGUCAGCACAGGUGCAAAGGGUUCGAAGGUGAAUCACUCAAUGAUUGACGCCAUGUUGGGCCAGCAGGAACUGGAGGGGCAUCGUGCUCCUCGUAUGAGGAAUCAGCGAUUCCUUCCCAGUUUUGCCCAGUAUGAUAUCGGCCCGAGGGCUGGUGGUUACAUUACCGACAGAUUCCUGACUGGAUAUCGACCACAAGAGUUCUUCUACCAUUGUAUGGCUGGUAGAGAGGGCCUUGUUGAUACUGCUGUGAAGACAGCAAGAUCUGGAUACUUACAGAGAUGUUUGGUGAAGAACUUGGAGGGUAUUACUAUCAACUAUGACUACACUGUUCGGGAUACUGACUCAUCGAUCGUCGAGUUCCUUUAUGGUGAGGAUGGUAUGGAUGUGACCAAGGUCAGCCAUUUGGAACAGUUCGAUGUGUUGGAUGAGAACUCUGCCUUCAUGGCCAAGAGUGCUGCUGUCGCUAAGGAGGAGGCUAAGAUGGAGAGCAACUUGCCGGCUCUUUAUAGGAAGUGGGCGGAGAAGCCUCAGAGUGGUCGAAGGACUAAGGACCUCGUGAAAGGGGUUAAUGCUAGCGAUAAGCUACGGGAUGAGGAGAAGGAGCAUAUCGCGUUUGUUGUGAAGGAUACUCAUACGAACGGAGGCAAGGCUCCUCCUAUGAACAGCAUGCUACCCCCAUGGAGGUUCACUGGUGCUAUGUCCGAGCGUGAGGAGAAUGCAUUGACGGAGUAUCUCUCCCAUAGACCGGAGGAGUUGGAGAAGAAGAUGCCCACUGAGGAGUUCCGUGAUGUUAUCAUGCAUAAAUACGCUAGGACUCUAGCGGAUCCUGGUGAAGCUGUUGGUACCUUGGCCGCUCAGGGUAUGGGAGAGCCCUCUACCCAGAUGACCCUGAAUACCUUCCAUCUUGCUGGUCAUGGUGGUGUUAACGUCACAUUGGGUAUCCCUCGACUGAGGGAGAUUGUACAGACCGCAUCUCGACACCUGGAAACCCCUGCUAUGGAAUUCCCUGUGCUCGGGGGCCUCAAGGUUGCCGAGGAGCUCAAGGUAAUGACUGAUGGAGUGACGUCAAUAUCGGCCUCCAUUCACCACUCUGUUCAGGGUAAGAUGACGCGAGUGUCUCUGAAGGACGUGGUAGUGGCGACUCACGUGUUGGAGUCGGUAACUGCGGCCCAGCCUAGUGGAGAGACCAUGCGAACCUACGAGCUUGUGGUUGAACUGGUUGACCCCGUUAUGAUCCAGAAAGCAUAUCCUAGCUUGUCACAGACAGCUAUUGCUCACUUCCUGGACCAUGACUUCCGAGAUAAGCUCAACUCAAAUCUUAAGAAGUUCAUCAAGAUAUCUGAGAGCACCUCUACGAUCACAUCACGCAAGGCCCAGCAAGAGGAGGGAGCAGCUGAUGUGUUCAAUGAGAUUCCCGAGGAUGAGAAUAAUGCUGAGCAGAAGGAUCAAGGCGAUGAAAGCCAGAAUGUCACUCGUACGCUAGCCCAGCGUGCCCGAGCUACUGAUGAGGAGAGGGAGGCCGAGCUUGAUAGGAUGGAGGCUGCUAGCGAAGAUGAUGUAGGAGAGGAGUGGUAUGACGUGUUGCAAGUGGUAUUAUCUCAGGAUGAGGCCGAGGAGGACAACGAGACCCCCGCAGCUGAGGAAGGCACUCAAGGACCUGCUCUCGGAGGGCAGACUACCGCCGAGGAGUAUCAGGUCUCCAAGACUAAGAACUCUACUGAAGUCAUCUUCAACAAGUCUGGACGUCUAUACGGCCCGAAGUUUGUUCUCCGUUCCCGACCACUUGAGCUCUCCCAGGGCAUCUCUCGGAAGAUUCUCAUCCUGGAGGCUGUCGCAGAUCUUUGCUCUGAUCUAUACAUCCAGCAGACCCCUGGCAUCACCAGCGUCCAUGUGGUGGAGCCCCGUCCUGGUCAGUCUGAUAAGGUCACGAUUGAGACUGAAGGUGUUAACCUCGAUAUUGCAUGGGGCCUUGACGGUAUCGACCAUGACCGCAUAGUCACCAAUGAUAUCGGUCUUAUCUUGGAUCGGUAUGGUGUAGAGGCAGCACGUGCGGCUAUAGUCCAAGAGGUGCUUCGAGUGUUCGGUCACUAUGGUAUCGGUGUCGACCCCAGGCAUUUGAUGCUCAUCUCUGACUACAUGACUCAUCAUGGAGGGUUCCGUCCCUUCAGCCGUAGAGGUAUGGAGGCUCACGCAUCCCCAUGGCUGCAGAUGACAUUCGAGACUAGUGUUAACUUCCUAACUAAGGCCUGUAACAAUGCACAGUAUGAUACCUUGAAGAGUCCAGCUGGGUCCAUCAUCGUCGGCAAGCAGGCCUGUGUUGGUACUGGAUGCUUCGAUCUACGUAUGGAGAUGCCCAAGAGUGUACGGGGACUUGCUAAGGAUGAGCUGGCUACUCAGGUCAAGAAGCCGAAGAAGGAAUUCGGGUCCCACCUCAACAACAACAACAACAACAACUUGCAGUUGGGAUGCCCACACCACCCUUCAUGGGUAUGCCGCAAGGGUCUGGUGGAAAGGUACUAUGGGGCUCUCAUAUGGACCGUAGUCGGUUAA